AUGGCGGCGACCGAAGAUGUCUCGUUCGCUCAAGGCAUGUUCGUGACGCUGUGGCCCAAAGUCGAGCGCUGUCACGACUACAUUAAGCUCCUCUUGUCUGCGCAAGAAAAGCUGCAGCACACUGUGGACCAACUCAUUGCCGGACUUCAAGAGGCGGAAAAAGCAGAAAAGUGCUCGAUUCAGCGCUACGCUGACCGACUUCGCAACUUUCCAGCACGAGUGGAGGGUCUUGAAAAGAAGCUGUUGACGAUCAAAGCCCGUCUCAUGGCGAUGAAGAAGUCACAGAGCCACGGCGUGCGGACCACGACCAAGCUUUCGACCGAGGAAUCGGCUCAUUACACGACAACCCCGUUGUUUUAG